GCAAGACUCUCUCAUUUCUUUCUCCAAAUUCCAACCACUAGUAUCUUGCCACGCAUCAUCUCUCCAUUCCACCAUCAUACAGAGUUUCCAUUUGCAAUAUUUUAGGCGAGACUCUACAGAAAAUUUUACAGAAAGAGAGAAACUGCCCUUCUUGCCAUUUAUUUGCAUGACUAUUUGGUGAAAAUACUUGUAGAAAGAAAAAGGGUUUUCCUUGAUUUUUAUGUUUUGGAGCUGACAACAAUGGAUAGGUACGAGAUUUUGAAAAACUUAGGAUCAGGGAAUUUUGGUGUGGCUAAGCUUGUGAGAGAUAAAUGGACUAGUGAGCUCCAUGCUGUCAAGUACAUCGAAAGGGGCAAGAAGAUUGAUGAGCAUGUUCAAAGGGAGAUUAUGAACCACAGGGCCUUAAAGCAUCCCAACAUUAUUAGAUUCAAGGAGGUCUUGUUAACACCAACUCAUCUAGCCAUAGUGAUGGAGUAUGCAGCGGGAGGAGAGCUUUUCGAACGAAUAUGUAAUGCUGGUAGAUUCAGCGAAGACGAGGCAAGGUUUUUCUUCCAACAGCUAAUAUCAGGAGUCAGUUACUGCCAUUCCAUGCAAAUUUGCCACCGUGACCUAAAGCUCGAAAACACAUUGCUAGACGGGAGCUCAGCACCUCGACUCAAAAUUUGCGACUUUGGCUACUCCAAGUCAUCCGUGUUGCAUUCUCAACCAAAAUCAACUGUAGGCACACCGGCCUAUAUUGCACCAGAAGUCUUAUCAAGAAAAGAGUAUGACGGAAAGAUUGCAGAUGUUUGGUCUUGUGGGGUUACAUUAUAUGUGAUGUUAGUUGGUGCUUAUCCUUUCGAAGAUCCUGGUGAUCCAAGAAAUUUCAAGAAAACAAUUAAUAGAAUUCUUAGUGCCCAUUAUUCAAUCCCUGACUAUGUCAGAGUCUCCAAGGAAUGCAAACAUCUAUUAUCUCAAAUUUUCGUCGCUGACCCUGAGAAGAGAAUAACUAUUCCAGAAAUUAAAAAGCACCCAUGGUUCUUAAAGAACUUGCCGGUCGAGUUUAUGGAAGGAGAAGAAGCUAUACAAAUGAAAAAUACAAAUGAUUAUCCAGCACAAACAGUUGAAGAAGCAUUGGCUAUAAUUCAAGAGGCUAGAAAACCAGUAGAGGGGCCUAAAGCUGGAGGAGGCCUUUUUGUAGCAGGAAGUAUGGAUCUUGAUGAUAUAGAUACCGAUGCAGAUAUAGAAGAAGAUAUAGAGACGAGUGGGGAUUUUGUUUGUGCAUUAUGAGCCAAUGUUGUUUGAAUAAAGAGCACAUUUGGUCCUGCUUAAAAGUUUCUUUUUAAGCAUUUAUCUGGAUUGUAUGCGCCAAAAGAGCAUUCUUUUAAGUGGGGCCCAACAUGCUAGCCGUCGAUUUCCGAUGAUAUUUAGUGCCAGAGUUGUACAAAUGGGUUCGAGGGCCGUUGGACGAUUGUGUUAGGUGUAAUUUUUUUUAUUAGCCCUCUUCUUUAUGCUUAUAAGCAAUAUUUACUUCUAAAAUCAUGUGCUGAAAAUGAUUGUAUUAUACUUAUAUAUAAAGUAUAUUAUAAAGUCUUAUCUGUUCAUUUUAA